AUGAGGAUAAGAAAAGCGACACUGUUUCAAUUAUUUAUUAUCGGCUUGUUCGGCUCGCCGUCGGUGGUUGUAAUUGCCCAGAAGGUGAACAAGGACCGCCUACAGCAACAGCAACAUCAGCAGAGGCAGCUUUUAGGUGGUCCACACGAGCCCUGGGGUCAGGUCGGUCACCAGCAGCGCGGCUAUGCACCUCCGGCGGGCGACAACAACGAUUUCGGCUACAUUUCCGACGCCAUGUUGCCGGAUGUGCACCACCACAGCGAUGGUGGUCAGCUCCCGCCGGCAACCAGCUUUCCGAGCCCGUUUUCCGGCACGGUGACGAACGCGAAGCCGAAGGGAAACCACGACGAGGAGGACGGCAACGAAAGUCACGGAGGCGAUGGCGAUGAGGGAGAUGACGAUGAGGACGAUGGAUACGAUGAUGGGGGCGAGGAGCUGUUGGAGCACUAUGAUGUGGAUGCAAGGACUGCGGAAGUGGAUCGGCCUGAUCGGCCCGAUGGACAGAAGCACGACUCGCUUGACUAUACGGACAACUUUGAAUCGGCGAGCAUCGAUCAGAUCGCAACGUUCGGCGGUGGGCAAGAUGGGACGCCACUUCCUGUGUUUUUAGUUGAGCCAAAGAGCGCAUAUGUGAUGAAGAAUCGUCCGGCGGAACUGUAUUGUAAGGCGUCGCAUGCACUUCAGAUCUCGUUCAAGUGCAGCGGAAGCACGAAGCCACCACCAACGGUGAAGGAACACCACACCGAUCCACACAGCGGCAUCCAGCUGCAGGAAGCCACGGCCACCAUCACGCGCGAGCUGGUCGACGAGUUCUUCGGCGACGGUCCAUUCAAGUGCGAAUGCCGCGCUUACUCUUCCCGGGGCCACGUCAAGACGCAACCGGUUACGAUCCAGGUGGCAACCAUCAAGAAGCAAAUUAGCAUCUCGCCGAGGAACGUGCGCGUCGGUACGGGUGGUCGGGCCGAGCUGAACUGCAUCGCGAAUGCAACUCCGGCGGCCAAAGUCGUCUGGCUGAAGAACAACAUACCCGUGCAGCCCAAUCCACCGUUCGUCCUCGUCGGCGACAAUUCGCUCCUGAUUGCCCGAGUCGAGCUUCAGGACAUGGCCAAUUAUACAUGUGUUGCGGAGAACAUCGCCGGCAAGCGCAUCUCUGAGCCAGUUUCAAUCACCGUGUACGUCGACGGUGGCUGGAGCCCCUGGGGUCCCUGGACAGACUGUAAAUGUCCUGGCCAUCCAAAGCAAGGCCAGAAGCGAACCCGAGCGUGCAACAGUCCUGCACCAAUCAACAAUGGAGCGCAGUGUCCGGGGGCGAGUACUGAAACGACGCCCGAUUGUCUUCCUUGUUCCGAUGAUGUCCAAAUAGUGAAUCCGAACGGAUAUCACCUGACCGCCGGCCGCUGGUCAGCCUGGUCGGAGUGGAGCGAAUGUGGUCCGGACUGCACCAGAACUCGGCAGCGAUCUUGCAUCGGCGGUAGGACAGGGGCGGCAGCGUCGACCCAGCUGAUGGCCUCUCAGUCCGGAGGUGCCCAUACGGUGACUAGUGCGGCCCUCGUGGCCAACGGGUCCUCCUCCACCGGUCCCGACAGAGCGCAGGCCUUCGUCGUGGACAGUCCUACGAUCGUGAGCUGCGUCGGGAAGAGCCAGCAGACGGAGAAGUGUAAUGGCGGGAUGUGUAACUACACGGUCCAAGAUUCAAGCUGGACUGCGUAUUUGUGGAUCGCACUGGUUGCCGCAUUUUGCAUUGCAGUAGGUGCCGGUAUCUCCAAGUUUGUCCGACGAAAAAAAACAAUUCCUGCCUAUAAUUUAGCGCGAUCAGAAAUGCCAACCGAAUAUUUCGCCAACGAGAGCAAAAAGCUGACCCAUUUCCAGCCGGACCUGACGCAGAACACGGUGCCCAUCAAUUACGAGUAUCCCCUGACGGCCGCCCACCACCAGCACCAUCAGCACUCGCAGCCCCAUCUGACGAACCUCCCGCACCAUCAUCAGUCUUCUCUGCACCACCAGCACGGUGUCGGCGGGCUGCAGCAUCUGCAGAACCAAUCCGGCCAGCAACAACCGCCAACCCUUCCGAUCGGGGGGCUGAAAACUUCGUCCGUGCCCUUGCCACGCUCCAAUUCCGAGCACCACUACGACGUGCCCCAUUUGUGCCAGAACUACAUCUAUCCGCUGGACAAAGUCAGCAUCAAUGAAUCAUACUCCUCGUCCACCUAUUCGAAGCGCGUGUGCAGCGUGGAGUCACUGGAAACGUCGACCAACACAUCGGCCGAUUCCGCCUACGAUCAGGCACCGAUGAUCGGCAACCAGGCGACGCCUGCCAUCCGCCCGACCACGCUGGUGGAGGAAACCACCGGCGGGACGUUCCGGGGGACCGAUGUGACGCAAACCACGCUUACGCCGGCCGGAGCUCUGCUCAAGCUGAACACCUACUCGACGGCGCUGCUCAUUCCAGAGGGGGCCAUACCGAAGAACCAGCGCCACAGUGUCGUGCUGUCGAUCGUGCGGGACGACAAGCAUCACAUGCCGGUGCCGACGGGACCCCGGACGACGUACCUCAGCCCGGUCGUGUUCUGCGGCCCGGUGGACACGAAGGUGAACAAACCGUUCGUGAUGCAGCUACCGCACUGUGCGGAGAACCUCUCCAACUGGAGCUACUCGCUGUAUAGUGCGCCGGAUAACGUGACGCCGUGGAGCAAGGUGGUGACGAUCGGCGAGGAAACGCUCAACACGCCUGCGCUGGUGCAGAUCGACAAGCGGUACGCGUACGUGCUGACGGAGUCCUUCGGCAAGUAUGUGCUGGUUGGGGAAUCGGCGACGGACCUGCAGGAGCGGGUUGCCUGCAAGAAGCUCCGGUUGUUUAUCUGCGGCCCCUCGACGGUGCCUGAAUUCUCCGACGUCAGCCUCCGGGUGUACAUCGUGGAGGACAACCCAGGAGCAGAAGAACGCUGUCGGCAGUGCGAGCAGGAGAUCGGCGGACUUGUGCUGGGCCGCAGCUCGAUCCUUUACUUCUCUGACGUGGGGCAGGGCCUAUGCAUCGAUAUGCAGUGUGUCGGUGGCUGGCGGACGAAGUGUGCCAGCGAAAGGCAAACCAUCCCGUUCUCCCACGUAUGGAACAGUAACGGAACGGCGCUGCACUGCAGCUUCACCCUCUGCCGAACCGAGCACGACAAGUGCGACUUCAAGAUCGAGGUGCAAGCCUCACAGGACCCCACGAUGGACACGGGGGUCGCCACGCUCAGCAUUUCCUCCUUCGCACCGAUGGCUCGCGAUGGCCACUGUCAACACUCAUCGAGCUCGUUCGAAACGAUGACCAUCUGCAGCGUCGGCUCGGGCUCGAACGUGCUCAGCACGGAUCGCUUCCGCCUUUCGAAGGACGUCAAGCGGAAGCUGUGCAGGUGUCUCGAUCCGCCGACCCAGAAGCGCAACGAUUGGCGCAUGCUGGCGGCCCACCUGAACGUGGACCGGUACCUCACCUACUUCGCCACGCGACCCUCGCCCACCGACCAGAUCCUGGACCUGUGGGAGUGCCGCAAUCGAGAUCUGAACGCCCUCCAGCAGCUGAUCGAGAUCUGCCGGACGAUGGAGCGGCCCGAUGCGGUCGCCAUCUUGGAGCAGAUCCAGCAGCCGGCUCCCUGGCUGUAA